UUUUUCUGUAGCGGAAGUGGCUCGCCGGAGAGUUUCGGCUGGCUGACAGCAGAGGGAGAGAGAGAGAGAGAGAGAGAGAAAGAAAGAGAAAUGGCGCCUCGGCACUCCACUAGCUGAGACACAGUCAGAACGCAAGCAGCUGACAAGAGCUACAGGACAGGAUCUGUCUAUCAGCGGGGACAGACAGCAAUCAUGGUGAACACCAGAAAGAGCUCGGAGCACAAGCCCAUCAGUCCCUUCAUCUCGGGCCGGACGAGGUCGUCUCAGAGGAGCAACCCAAACUUGGACGAGCACAGCAGCCGUAAGGAGCCCAGCAGUGAUGUUAACAGCAGUAGUCCACGUUUGUCCCCGCCGUCCAAGCGGACACGCAGACAGACGCCACCAAGUUCUACCGAUACUUCUCCAAGUCCCCAGAGUAAAGGCCAGAGAGGCCCGUGGACCAUGUCCAAACACUGUACUAGGUUGUCCACUGGUGCCUUGCAGAAUGGACACAGUCGAAUGAGUCUGAGGGGUGAUUCUACAUCAGAUGGGAACCACGGUCGCAUGAACGGUCAUGUUGAGCUCAAGAGAAGCCGUCGCAUCAGGAAGUCCCAGUUCGAACACCUCAAUCAGAGUUUACUUUUCGACCAACUUGUCAACAGAAAGUCUCACGAAGAGGGAGAGGAGGAUGAAGAUGUGGAGGCUGAUGAUGAUGAAGACGAUGAAGGAGAUGAGGCAGAAGAGGCUGGAGAGGAGAACGACAGACCUUAUAACCUCAGGCAGCGUAAAACUGUGCAGCGAUAUGAAGCACCCCCAAUUGAGCCAGUGAACAGGAAGCAGAGCAAGGGCUCUCUGUUCGACACACACAGAUCUCCUGCAAGAAGAAGCCAUAUUAGAGUAAAGAAACAUGCCAUUCACAGUAGUGAAUCAACAUCAUCGUCUGAUGAAGAGCGCUUUGAGAGGCGGAAAAGCAAAAGCAUGAGCCGAGCUCGUAACAGGUGUCUACCCAUGAACCUGCGGGCAGAGGAUCUGGCCAGCGGUGUGCUUCGAGACAGAGUAAAAGUGGGUGCUAGUUUGGCAGAUGUGGAUCCCAUGAAUCUGGACACUUCUGUGAAGUUUGACAGUGUUGGAGGUCUCUCCCAUCACAUUCAGUCUUUAAAAGAGAUGGUGGUCUUUCCUUUAUUAUAUCCAGAAGUGUUUGAGAAGUUUAAGAUCCAGCCCCCAAGAGGAUGUCUGUUUUAUGGGCCUCCAGGAACUGGGAAGACACUGGUGGCACGAGCUUUGGCCAAUGAAUGCAGUCAGGGUGACAGGAAGGUGUCUUUUUUCAUGCGCAAGGGCGCCGACUGCCUCAGCAAAUGGGUGGGAGAGUCUGAACGACAGCUCCGCCUACUUUUUGACCAGGCAUACCUCAUGAGACCCUCCAUCAUCUUUUUCGAUGAGAUUGAUGGCCUCGCUCCUGUUCGCUCCAGCAGGCAGGAUCAAAUACACAGCUCCAUAGUGUCUACAUUACUGGCAUUGAUGGAUGGUUUGGACAGCCGGGGGGAGAUAGUGGUCAUCGGUGCUACAAAUAGACUCGACUCUAUCGACCCCGCACUCAGGAGGCCCGGGCGCUUUGACCGGGAGUUUCUGUUCAACCUGCCAGAUAAAAAGGCUCGAAAGCACAUUCUAGAAAUCCACACCAGGGACUGGAGCCCCAAGCUAGCUGAACCCUUCAUAGAUGAGCUAGCUGAGAAAUGUGUCGGUUACUGUGGGGCCGACAUCAAAGCACUUUGCACAGAGGCUGCGCUAGCGGCUCUGCGGCGGCGCUAUCCUCAGAUUUACGGCAGCAGCCAGCGUUAUCACCUGGAUGUGGGCUCCAUCGUUUUGGGGCCGCAGGACUUUGGUCGUGCUCUGCGCUCCAUAGUACCUGCGGGUCAAAGGGCCCUGACUCCACCCGGCCAGGCCCUUUCCUGCGUGUUGAAGCCCCUGCUGGAGCCUACACUGGCCCAAACGCUGGCCUGCCUGAUGCGAGUCUUCCCCCACGCAGAGCUCCUGCACAGGGAACACAUACACGACACUGACAAUCAUCAGUUGGUGGAGGACUCGUACAGCGAGGACGAGGAAUGUCUUGGUGCUCCUUCCAUUUAUGAAACUCAUUCAGGAUCGCUGAAGGAAGCAGCUUCCUGCACGACCCAUAAACCCUUUCUCCACUUUACCACUUCUGCCUACCGGCAGCCCACCUCUUACCGGCCACGCCUGCUGCUGACGGGACCCCAGGGCGCGGGGCAGAGCACGCACCUGGCCCCUGCCCUGCUGCACCACCUGGAGAAGUUCACUGUGCACCGUCUCGACCUACCCACGCUAUACUCCGUCAGUGCCAAAACCCCAGAGGAAUCCUGUGCUCAGUUGUUUCGUGAGGCUCGGCGAUGUGUACCCAGCAUCAUCUACAUGCCUCACAUCAGUGACUGGUGGGAAGCCAUCAGUGAGACGGUCAAGAGCAGCUUCCUCACACUCCUGCAGGAUGUACCCUCAUUCACACCGCUCCUCAUCCUCGCCACAGCAGAGACCGUCUACCAGCAGCUCCCAGACGAGCUAACAUGCAUCUUCAGCCGUUCUUACGGGGAGGUGGUUUGUUUAAGCAUGCCGGGAGAAGAAGCACGCAGGAAGUUUUUUUCAGACCUCAUUUUGGUGCAGGCAGCCAAGGCGCCACCCCGCAGGAGGAAAACAGCGAGCGCUCUGGAGGUGCUGACCCUCGCUGAAGACCCCGGCCCUCGGCAGCUCUCACCAGAGGAGCAGCGGCGACUGGAGGAGCAGGAGGAGAACACCUUGCGCGAGCUCCGCCUCUUUCUCAGGGACGUCACAAAGCGGCUCGCCACCGACAAGCGCUUUCAGAUCUUCAGCAAACCUGUGGACAUUGAGGAGGUUUCAGACUACCUCGAGGUUAUCAAACAGCCUAUGGACCUGUCCUCCAUCAUGAUGAAGAUCGACACUCACAAAUACAUGGUCGCCAAGGAUUUUCUAGUGGACAUUGACCUCAUUUGCAGCAAUGCGUUAGAGUACAAUCCAGACAAGGACCCGGGAGAUAAAAUCAUCCGCCACAGGGCCUGCGGUCUGAAGGAUACUGCACACGCCAUGAUCGCCUCUGAACUGGACCCCGAGUUUGACCGCAUGUGCGAGGAGAUCAAGGAGUCCUGCAGGAAGAGAGCCUCUCAGACCACACCGCAGCCACCCGUCACUCCGAGCGCUGUGGCGACCAGGAAACCUGUGGGAGAGGAGGCGGGAUUAAGCAGUUCUCAGGGUGAUGGAGUGGACAAGCACUGCAGCAGUGAGUACAUGCAGAACACAAAAGAGAUUGUCAAGGUCUCUGCUCUUUGUGCGGCUGCUUUUAGGCUAGACUAUUUGCAGGUGAUCGAACAAGCUGUAUUUUGACUCAGUGUGCUGAAACGAGCCCUGCGUGGUCCAACACUUCUGUUAACAGCUCUGCAGUUAAAGGAGUUUUCACGAGGGACAGUGUGAUUGUGCCACUGGUUCAUGGCCGCUCAGCGAAUAAGGGGUCACUGUGCCCCGAUAGAAGUCUGUAACCUCUAUGCCACUUAAAACAUUGACUAUAAUAGGUAGGUGAGAGUAGAAUUGUGUGUAUGACAUAACUGAGCGACCGAAGACAUGUCA